AUGGCGGACUUGAAGAGCCACCGGGCACCGACGGUCACACCGGUCGACCUCGAGGAACUGCCGGCCGGCUACUACUGCAGUAAGAACUUUAUUGGCUCUCUUGUUGCUGUCUGUCUGAUGGCAAUCAGUCUGUACCUGGGCUACGUCUUGCCAGUGAACAGUUUGACCGCGAUCAACGCCGACUUGGGCCCGGACCCGAGUUAUAGUUUGAUCUCAACGGUCUUCACACUCAUUUCCGGGGUUGGCCUUCUUCUCGUCGGCCGUCUGGGCGAUCUCUUUGGUCGCCGCUACAUUCUCAUCGGAGGGCAACUGUUCGGCCUCAUCGGUGCCAUCGUCUGCGCGACAGCCAAGACCGUCCCGACAGUCAUCGGGGGCAGUGUUCUCUUAGGCAUCGCUGCCGCCGUCCAGCUAACCUUCAGCUUCGUCAUCGCCGAAGUGGUUCCCAAUCGAGCUCGUCCGGUCGUCAAUGCGGGCAUUUUCAUCACCACGCUGCCCUUUUCCGCGUUCGGGUCCAUCAUUGCCGAUCUGUUCAUUGCCAACACGGCUCGCUCUUGGCGUUGGACUUACUACCUGAACAUCAUCACCUGCGGCCUGUCGAUAAUCCUGCUGGCGCUGUUUUACUUCCCUCCCGGAUGGGAUGCGAAGCGCGGGGCCGAGGGACGCGUGGCGGGUCUGAAGAAAUUCGACUUCCUGGGUUUCGUCUUGUAUGCCGCCGGGCUGGUCCUGGUGCUGCUGGGUCUCUCCUGGGGAGGCACCUCGUAUCCAUGGGAUUCUGCACAUGUCGUGGCCGUCCUGGUCAUCGGGUUUGUCUCCUUGAUUGCCUUCGCCCUUUAUGAAAUCUUCGUCCCCCUUGAGCAGCCCCUCCUACCCAUAUCUCUGCUCCGCAACCCCGGCUACACUGCAACCGUGUGCUCAGCCCUGGUCGGAAACAUGGUAUAUUUCUCCAUCAGUCUUCUCUGGCCCGAGGCCAUUGAAGCUCUAUUCACCACCAAAACCAUCGAAGCUGGCUGGCUCUCGAUCUCCACCGGUGCAGGCGUCAUCGUCGGCGAAGUCGCCGCCGGUCUCCUCAUGAAGCCGAUAGGAUUCACCAAAUACCAGCUCAUCGUGUCGACGCUCAUGAUCACCGCGUUCUCAGGUGCCCUGGCAUCUAUCAACCAGGACCGACGGUCCUACGGGCUUGCAUUCACCGCCCUAGGAGGCUUCUGGGUCGGCUACCUCGAACUGAUCACCAUAAUCAUGUGUCCCCUAUACUGCGACCCGAAAGACAUCGGUCUCGCGAGCGGUUUCCUCGGUUCCGCCAAACAAGUCGCCGGCACCAUCGCCACCGCAAUCUACGUCGCCAUCCUCGACGCCCGCAUCGCGACCAAUCUCCCGCGAGACGUCUCCGCCGCAGCCCUCAAAGCGGGCCUUCCUUCCUCGUCCGUCUCCGAUCUCCUCAGCGCCAUCGACACAGACGCCUAUGACUCCGUGCCGGGCAUGACAUCUACCAUUCUGUCUGCUGUGACGAACGCAGUCAAGACGGCGUACUCGCAGUCUCUCCGGACGGUGUUUCUGGUGACUAUUGCAUUUGCCGCGAUCUCGGUGAUUACGGCGCUGUUUUCGGUCCCUGUUGAUGAGAAGUUUACGGGAGUUGUGGCGGCGAAGUUGGCGGGGAAUACUGGGGGGAGUUUGGAGGGGUUGAACGAGAAGAAGAUUGGUGUGGAUGAGGAGGGAGUAUGA